AUGUGGAGCUUUAAUAUUGUGAUUGCCCUAUGUGGCGUGUGCAGCGUGUUUGGGGCUGCACUGAACGAUAACAUCGACAUCGACAUCAAGGUCGACACGGACUCGAAGCUGUACCAUCAGGGCAAGACGGUGGAGGGUUCGUUUAACUACGGCUACAAUGUGCCCCGGCGGAACUACAACCAGUACCAGCACAAGGUAAAGGGACCGGACGGUGUAACGUACGGAUGCUACGGCUUCGUCGAUCCAACGAACGGAACGCAUCUUUACCACUAUGUGUCCGAUCUGAAGGGGUACCGGGUGGUGCCACCGAACCAACCGACCAAGGUAUACACCGACCGGGUGGCUAACAGCGUGGCCAAUAUUUACGAUUCCGUCGGUGAAACGUACGACUGGGAAAAACUCUACUUCCCCGAUGUUUGUCGGGUACUGCAAAAGAGCAAAGAGGAACGUAACGAGCUGUCUAUCCCGAAAGGAUUCCAAGUGAACGAUGAUGGUACGGUUACACAAACGACACAAAAACCAAAACCAUCCGCACCAACAACCCGACGCACUGCGGCACCAUCGGCUGCCACACGAUCACCACAACGGCCAACGACGGGACGUCCCACCCCGGCGAAGGCAUCUCCUACUCGCGCCGCACCGCGAGCGACUCUCUCCGCUACUCGACGUGCCGCAACCACACCACCAACACCCAAAGCUGCACCUCCCAAAACGACUCCAGCAGCACCAACGACCGCUAAACCAAAGCCUAAACCGACCACUGCACGUACCGUUACUCUCCGUCCAAACACUGCCUCGCCCCGUCAGCAACAGCAAGCGCCAACCCCGCGUUCACCAGCACCGGCCCAAACGACACAAGCCAGAACGGCACCGAAGAACAGCUUCAAACCAGACAGCCUUCCGUCCCCAUCUGAAAAACCUAGCGGUAACAAAUUCGGCACUAACCGGGACAACUUCAUCGGCUCACCAGCCACCAACACCGCGGAAACCCUGAAACCACCCCAGGACCUGCAAGCGGUCGGUCAGGAUAUUUCCGAACUGAAGCUGCUGCUACAGAUGCUGCUGAAGUCGCUCAACAGUUCACCGAAGGCGGCACCUGACUGUGACGAUACCGGUUCACUGGGCCCGGUCAAUUCCAACGCCAAGCAGGUGUUCCUUCCACUGGUCAUUGUGGAUACGCUGCCGGGAGUCAGGGGUCCAGUGAUGCAGGGAGCAACUGGUGGUCUACCCGCUGGCAGUCAAUUUGCCAUUCCCUCGAUUGGUUACGGUGGGUCACGGUGUAAUACCUGCGGUUAA